AUGGCGCUCAUUAUGGAACCCGUCAGCAAGUGGACCCCCAGCCAAGUGGUGGAUUGGAUGAAAGGCCUUGAUGACUGCUUGCAGCAGUAUAUCAAGAAUUUUGAAAGAGAGAAGAUUGGUGGGGACCAACUACUACGUAUCACUCACCAGGAACUGGAGGAUCUGGGAGUUACUCGAAUUGGGCAUCAAGAACUUAUCUUGGAAGCAGUUGAUUUGCUCUGUGCUUUGAACUAUGGACUGGAAACUGAAAACCUAAAAACACUUUCUCACAAGCUAAAUGCAUCUGCCAAAAAUCUUCAAAACUUUAUCACAGGGAGGAGGAGGAGUGGUCAUUAUGAUGGUAGAACAAGCAGAAAAUUACCAAAUGACUUCCUUACCUCAGUGGUGGAUCUGAUUGGAGCUGCAAAAAGCCUCUUAGCUUGGCUGGACAGAUCACCGUUUGCUGCUGUGACGGAUUAUUCUGUUACAAGAAAUAAUAUCAUACAGCUCUGUCUGGAAUUAACAACAAUUGUACAGCAGGACUGCACAGUAUAUGAAACAGAAAACAAGAUACUUCAUGUGUGCAAGACUCUCUCUAGUGUCUGUGACCACAUAAUCUCACUAUCAUCUGAUCCUCUCGUUUCUCAGUCUGCUCACCUGGAAGUGAUCCAGCUAGCAAACAUCAAACCAAGCGAAGGGCUGGGUAUGUACAUUAAAUCAACAUAUGAUGGUCUCCAUGUAAUUACUGGAACAACAGAAAAUUCACCUGCAGAUCGGUGUAAGAAAAUCCAUGCUGGAGAUGAAGUGAUUCAAGUUAACCACCAAACUGUGGUGGGGUGGCAGUUGAAAAAUUUGGUGAAUGCACUACGAGAGGAUCCGAGUGGUGUUAUCUUAACUUUGAAAAAGCGACCUCAGAGCAUGCUUACCUCAGCACCAGCUUUACUGAAAAAUAUGAGAUGGAAGCCCCUUGCUCUGCAGCCACUUGUACCUAGAAGUCCUACGAGCAGUGUGGCAACACCAUCUAGUACUAUCAGCACACCCACCAAAAGAGACAGUUCAGCACUUCAGGAUCUCUACAUACCUCCUCCUCCAGCAGAACCAUAUAUACCCAGGGAUGAGAAGGGAAAUCUCCCAUGUGAAGAUAUUGGAAGACACCUUGUAGGAAAGCCAGUUCAUAAGGGAUCUGAAUCGCCAAAUUCAUUUCUUGACCAAGAAUACCGAAAGCGUUUUAAUGUGGUUGAAGAAGAUGCUAUUUUGUACUGUUAUGAAUAUGAGAAAGGAAGAACAAGUAGCUCUGGGAGAAGAGAGAGCACUCCAACCUAUGGCAAGCUAAGGCCUAUAUCUAUGCCAGUAGAAUAUAAUUGGGUAGGAGACUACGAAGAGCCCAGCAAGACAAAAAGAGAUAGUAGAAGAGAAAAUUCACUACUUCGAUAUAUGAGCAAUGAGAAAAUAGCUCAGGAAGAUUACAUGUUUCAGAGAAAUAGCAAAAAGGACACAGGGAAAAAAUCCAAAAAGAAGGGAGACAAAAGUAACAGUCCAAGUCAUUAUUCCCUGCUACCCAGUUUGCAAAUGGACUCAUUAAGACAAGACAGCAUGACUACCCCUGGUCCUGAAACCUCCUUGUAUCAUACAUUUCAGCAAUCCUCUCUGCAGCACAAGUCUAAAAAGAAGAACAAAGCCACUGCACAGAGUAAGAGUAAAAGACGAAUUUCUUGUAAAGAUCUCGGUCGUGGAGAUUGUGAAGGCUGGCUUUGGAAAAAGAAGGAUGCCAAGAGUUAUUUCUCACAAAAAUGGAAAAAAUAUUGGUUUGUUCUGAAGGACACUUCUCUGUACUGGUAUAUCAAUGAGGAGGAUGAAAAAGCAGAGGGAUUCAUCAGCCUACCAGAAUUUAAAAUUGAUAGAGCUAGUGAAUGCCGCAAGAAAUAUGCGUUCAAAGCCUGUCAUCCUAAGAUCAAAAGCUUUUAUUUUGCUGCUGAACAUCUAGAUGACAUGAACAGGUGGUUAAACAGAAUUAAUAUGCUAGCUGCUGGUUAUGCAGAAAGAGAAAGGAUCAAACAAGAACAAGAUUACUGGAGUGAGAGUGAUAAAGAAGAAGCAGAAACACCAUCAACACCCAAACAAGACAGCCCACCUCCACCAUAUGACACAUAUCCACGACCUCCUUCGAUGAGCUGCGCAAGUCCUUUUGUAGAACCAAAGCACAGCCGGCUGUCAUCCACCGAAACAUCACAGUCACAGUCGUCACAUGAAGAGUUCCGACAGGAAACAGUAGGGAGUACUACUGACUCCCCUGUCCGCAAAACAGCCAGCCAGAGACGUUCUUGGCAGGAUUUAAUAGAAACACCGCUGACAAGCUCAGGGCUGCACUACCUUCAGACCCUGCCCCUUGAAGAUUCUGUUUUCUCUGACAUGGCUCUUGUCUCUCCAGAACACAGGCGGCAGUCAACUCUUCCAACUCAAAAGUGCCACCUGCAGGAUCACUAUGGCCCUUUUCCUUUAGUAGAGGGUGAGAGAAUGCAAGUACUAAACGGGAACGGGGGUAAGCCCCGCAGUUAUACUUUGCCUCGGGAUAGUGGGUUUAACCACUGCUGCCAGACCUUUUCAGUCAGUGCCUCCAGUCAUCAAGAAGAAGUGCCACAGAAAGAGCAAGAGGAGGAGGAGGAGGAGGAAGAAGAAGAAGGCAGGGAAAUAGCAUCAGAAAACCACGAAGAUGAAAGCUAAAGCACUGCGAGAGUUGAUAGAACCUCCCCAUGCCAACUCGGAUCCACUUCUCUUGGCACUGAACCGUUUGGACUCAGAGAUUGAUAAACUAUUGAUUAGAGAAUUUAAAUCGGAGAGAAUUGGCACGACGGAGACUCAUCUUCAGCCUCUUGCAAGCAACCUCUAAUGUCCUGCAUUCAGAAAGCCAAUCAAUUCUUCUUGAAUAACUUUGAUGUUUAUAAGUAAGAACUGACUUUAAAACAUAGGCAACCAAAUGCCCGGGUAAGGGGCCUCCAGGAGAGUCUUACAAAGGGCUAAGCUGUUGCCAGACUUAUUGCUUUUAUUUUGAAGAAUGCAUCCUUUCUACAGAGGCACUAGGCGCAAUACAUGGCUACAUGGAAUACAGUUGCAGAAAAUAACUGCCACCAACUUGGGAAAAACAGAAGGGGGUCAUUGCAGGGGAAGGGCU